CGAGAUUCUAGGGGGAAAUAAACCAAGCUAUGGAUACCUACACUUCCUCAAUCAGUCUACUUUUACUCCUGUCAACCAUUUCGUCCGUCUCGACCGGACAAUUCCCAUCAGCGCUCAUGGUAAAGGAAUGGGUGGACCAGAUGCAGAAAGAGCUGAUCUCACUGACAGACACAGCCAGCAGUAUGCAGAACCUAAUACAGAUAUAUCGUAACCAUAAAGCGCACUUCAGCGUGGAGUCCAACAACGCCCGAGAGCUGGUGGCGACUGCUGCAGGGAACAUCGAGAAACUGCUGGCCAACCGCUCCCGUGCCCUAAGGAGACUGGCAUCAGAAGCAGAGAAGUUUCAAAUGGAUCACAGGUGGAUGGACGACCCUGACGUCGACAAAAUGAUUUACUACAAUGCCAAAGAUGACCUUAAUCAGACAGACAAGAAGAACCGGUACGUUCCAGAUGAUUUCCACACAGACCCUGACUUCAAACGACUGGUCUCCUACAACACAACAGCCGUCCACAUUCCCACGGACAUAUUUGAAGGCUCCACCAUCAUUCUGAAUGAGCUAAAUUGGACAGAAGCCUUGGAGGAUGUUUUCCGAAAAAACAAAGAGGAAGACCCCUCACUCCUGUGGCAGGUCUUUGGCUCUGCCACCGGAUUGGCUCGCUACUACCCAGCAUCCCCUUGGACUGACUCAAGCAAACCAGCCAAUAAGAUUGACCUUUAUGACGUGCGCAGACGACCGUGGUACAUUCAGGGGGCGGCGUCACCCAAGGACAUGCUGAUCCUGGUGGAUGCGAGUGGCAGCGUCUCCGGUCUAACCCUCAAACUCAUCCGAACAUCUGUCGGCGAGAUGCUGGAGACCCUCUCCGACGACGAUUACGUGAACGUCGUCUAUUUCAACAACAAGGCCACCCAGGCGGCGUGCUUCAAGAACCUCGUGCAGGCCAACGUCAGGAACAAGAAGAUCCUGAAAGACGCCGUGCACAGCAUCACCGCCAAGGGCAUCACCAACUACAGAGGCGGCUUCGAGCUGGCCUUCAAGCAGCUCGAGCUGACGAAUGUGACAAGAGCCAACUGUAACAAGAUUAUCAUGCUCUUCACCGAUGGCGGAGAGGAGAGGGCGCAGGAAAUCUUCGACAAAUACAACCAUGACAAGACGGUGCGCAUCUUUACAUUUUCAGUAGGUCAACACAACUAUGACAAAGGACCAAUUAAGUGGAUGGCAUGCGCCAACAAAGGGUAUUACUAUGAGAUCCCGUCUAUAGGUGCCAUCAGAAUCAACACUCAGGAGUACUUGGAUGUGCUGGGCAGGCCGAUGGUCAAGGCUGACAAAAAAGCCAAACAGGUUCAGUGGACCAACGUCUACCUGGAUGCACUGGAGCUUGGCCUGGUGAUCACAGGAACACUGCCGGUGUUCAACAAGACCAACACCAAAGCUGACAAAGAGAGAGGCAUGAAGAAACCUCAAAACCAACUCAUCUUGGGGGUGAUGGCUAUCGAUGUCUCCCUGGAGGAUAUCAAGAGACUGACACCUCGCUUUACUUUUGGACCAAAUGGCUACUACUUCGCCAUUGACCCCAACGGAUAUGUGCUGCUCCACCCAAAUCUCCAGCCAUCGACUGCCAAGUUUGAGAAGCCCGUAACACUGGACUUCCUCGAUGCAGAGUUGGAGAGCGAGACCAAAGUUGAGAUAAGAAGAAAAAUGAUCGAUGGUCUGACAGGAAAUCACACAAUACACACGCUGGUGAAAUCCCAAGAUGAGCGCUACAUUGACCGAGGUCAGAGGGCAUACACCUUUGCGCCAGUGGUGGGCACAGACUACAGCCUGGCCCUGGUCCUUCCAGAGUACAGUCUGCAUUAUAUCCGGGCUACAAUCGGCGACACAAUCACCCAGGCAAAAUCAUUUUUGGCUAAAGAUGUCUCCGAAAGUCUGCUGGCGGACAAGUUUGAUGAGUAUGGCUAUACAUUCAUUGCACCAAGGGAGUACUGCAAGGACUUAAAACCACCUGACAAGAAUGAAAACAACACAGAGUUCCUCAUGGAGUUCAACAAUUACAUUGACAGGAAGACUCCAAACAACCCCAUGUGCAAUGUGGAGCUGGUGAACCGCCUACUUUUGGAUGCUGGCAUCACUACUGAUCUGAUCAAGAUUUGGAAGGAAAAAGAGCUGCAGCACGGUGUCUUGGCCAGAUUUGUUGCCACUGAUGGAGGGAUCACACGAGUCUACCCCAAAAGUGCUGGGAUGUAUUGGAAGGAAGAUGCAGAAACAUAUGAAUCAAGUUUCUAUAAGCGGAGUUUGGACAAUGAUCUGUACAUCUUCACACCAACACCCUACAAUGCUAAAGAGAAUGGGAGUGACGACUCAGUCCUGGUGAGCAGAGCAGUAGAUGUUACCAUUAAUAAUAUAACGCUGAAACCAGCUGUGGUCGGCGUGAAACUUGACAUCAGUGCCUGGAUGGCGAGCUUCAUCAACACCACGCUCAGGACUAAUUGCAACGAUGAGAUCUGUGGCUGCCAGCGAAAUGAUGUGUACGUGGACUGUGUCAUUCUGGAUGACGGAGGCUUCCUGGUGAUGUCCAAUCGGGAUGAUUACAUUGAUCAGAUUGGGCGUUUCUUUGGUGUGAUCGACCCCAUCCUGAUGGUGAGCCUGGUCAACUCGUCCCUGUUCACCUUCAAGAAGACCUUCGACUACCAGUCAAUCUGUGACCCUGAGAAGGAGAGCAAGGCGGCGGCAGGCCUGCGAUCCGUCUACGUGCCCACCAUAGCAGAUAUUUUGAACUUUGGAUGGUGGGCGUCCGCUGCAGCCUGGUCAAUAUUGCAACAGUUACUUGUCAGCAUCACGUUUCCUAAUUUACUGGAAGCAGCUGACAUGGAUGAUAAAGCAUCAGACGCCAUGACCAAAGACACUUGCAUCACGGAGCAAACUCAGUACUUCUUCGAGACCAGUGAUCGGACUUUCCGAGGCACAGUGGACUGUGAAAACUGCUCCAGGAUCUACCAUGCUGAAAAGCUGCCCAAGACCAACCUGGUCUUUAUCAUCGCUGAUGCAAAACACACCUGCCUCUCAUGUGACGCCAAGCCAUUAAUACAGGAUGAGCAGCAAUCUAACGGCCCUGAUCCCUGUGAACUGGCUCAGAAUCCACGGUACAGGAAAGGUCCCUCAGUUUGUUUCGAUAACAAUGAAAACGAGGAUGACUUUGACUGUGGCGGGGCAUCCAGUCUGAGUCCCUCACUCUGGCAAAUGGUGGCCCUCCAGGUGGUCUUGUUCUGGGUUCUGACCGGCUCCAGACACCACGCCAUCCCCUCAUGACCUCUGAUCCUGCUGGUCUAGCCCCCCUUGCUCCUGACGACAGCUUGCCCCCCUCCUGUAUCUCCACCAACCAGCAUGCAACACCGCCGCCUAAAUGAUAAACACCUGAUGAGAAACAGUUGUAACAAAACAAUCAAAAAAAAAAAAAAAAAAAAAAAAAAAACCUACCAGUCCCAUGUCCUGCCAGUUCCCUCUUUUGAUUCCUUCGUUUUCAGGGGUUUCCUCAUCUCAUUUCACCAGGAGCGAGGGCACAAAUGAGGAAAGCAAAUGCUUACUGGAAGAUGACAGUCAAAGGAUAAGCGAGAACUUGACCUUUGAUCGCCCUUGACCCCUCCACUACUCCAAGCCAUCUGAGAUUAGAGGAAUCCAGAGAUGAAUACUGAUUGGCGACUACUGAACUUUCUUUGGCUUGAUGUACCUCACCAGGGCUACAGUUUGGACUGCCUUACAGUGCCGGAGGGAUUUCUAAGUCCAGAUGUGGGGGCCUGCGGUUCACCGAAGAUGUUGAGCAUUUUUAUGCCACACUGCCAGAAACAGUGCUGCCCUUUGCAAAUGUAUGUUAUGUCAUUUAGCUAAUUUAUUUUGAAUGGAUUUGCAGUGGCUAGUUACUCAGUAGUUAUUGUUUUGUGGUUCAGUUUUUGGCUAAGAUUGCAAUAAGAGAUCACAAGCUCUUGCCCUUCCUUUGGGGUUUGAAAUUUGGAUGUUGGUGGCGACGUUUGCCUUUCAGGCUCAUUUUUUUAGAGGUUUUUAGUGAUUCCCAGAACUUUUUCUCAAAGUAUCCGAAGGCUCAGAGAGACGCAGCUGCUUUACUUUUCACCCGGUAUUCUCUCAUGUAGAUACGUGCUGUAAUGAAAAUCAUGUUCAUUCUGAUAUUCGUGCGCAUAACCCAACCCCUCAGCUGCCACAGACCACUAUGUCUCCCAAGUGUGAGGAUUUCGACUUCAUGGUCAGCUAUCUAACAUCAGCCCUGAUCAGGUUUGGUAAAUGUCUCUGGAUUUCCCGCCUUGAUGUCGGAUUGAUCCAAUGAAAACUUUGUUGCCAUAGCGCGCAUUGACCUACCAGGAGAAGCCUGGCUGGUCUGGUGUGUGUGCGUGUUGGACAAAAUCUCUAGUGCCAUGUGGACUGUGUGACUCAGAUGAACCCUUUAUCUCUGUAGACUGUGUGGCUGCCGAAUGCAAGGAAGUGUAUAAUUUAUUUAUUUUACUGUUUAUUAUUUUUAUUUUUAUUUUUUUGAAUGAAGGGUCAGGAUAGCAUGCUACUGUACUGUAAGAAGUGUAUUUGUACUAGCUGCUGUCAGAUUUUUUGUUUUUAAAAAUGACUACUAUCUGUACUUCAGUUCAAAACGCUAACAUUCAACCAUCAGUUUAUCAACUUUGUCUGGCUUUGGCUUUGUCUGUUUGUCUUCACACAUUACUGCCCAAUAUCAGAGUAUAUCUGCCUGCCUAAAAGAACAAUCUCUUUAACUAUCCAUAAAAUUAUGAGGGUUUUCCUUCCGCAAUUUAUUAUCUUGUAGCAUGUGAAACACACUACACAAGUUCAGCUGAAUCCAGUCGAUUAUGGUUAUGAUUCUUAACGCCUGGAGUUAAUUUUUUAUACUCCAAUGAGAGUUCAGCUUGUUUCAUUUGGUGUGCCUUCUUGUGUGGUAGUUACAUAUGAAACUUACCUAACUUAAGUGUGAUUUGCUGAUGACUGAAAUGACAACAUUGAAAAAAAAUUUGUCUUGAUUCACCAGAAACUCGUACAAGUGCAGUGCAGUCAGUUGUGCGCGUUGAUGUUUUAAAAAUGCACUAAUCAGCAAACUCAUUCCUUCAGAGAAAACAGGCUGCCGAAAAAAUAUAGCAAAUAACACAAACGUGCCUCAAAUUUCACAGGACCAAAUUCUUAGAGCAGCCUUUCCAAAUUACAAUGCAGCUCUGGGUAUCCUUGAUGAGGAUAAAAGUCAGAUUGGGUUUCUUUGUAGCAGAUUUCAAACACUUUAUUAAUGUCAGCGUGAAAAUAGAAAUCUGAAGGUUAAACAGACAGUAUGUAAAAUGAUGCUGGGUGUUUUUGGUUUAUUUAUUGACUUCUUUACAUAUGAUAUAGAGGAUAAGACUAGGACAACACAAAAAAACAGGAAUAAAUAUAGGAAAAAGGCAGGAAAGCAGAAAAUCAAUGGCGGUAAUAAGUUUGAAAUCCUUAAAACGAAAUCCUUAUUGUCAGUGAUGCAGCUGCACUUGCAGGAUGAUCUGAAAUCAUGGUUUUGUGGGCAAAGCUACUGGUCUCUAAGAUUAAUUGUGCUAUUUGAUAAUUAUGUGCAUUAUUGUCUGUUCCACAUAAGAAUUGACAAUCAUUUAUUGUGAGUGACAUAUAUUUGUAAUACCUCAUUAGUUUGCUGAUAACGCUGAGGCCUGCCAAAACAGUGAUGGAUCUGAGGGACGUUCUCAAACACAUUAUCACAUAAAAAAAAUAAAUAAAUAAAAAAAAAAACAAGUGACGCAGGAUUGCAGGAAACCACAUCGUUAAUUCUAUGUGAAGACGGAAACCA